AUCUUCACAAAUAAAUCUUACAAUGCAGGUCAUUCUUUGUUUAUUAAUUGCGGUGGACCCAGAUCAGACUUUGACGGAAAUGAGUAUGAAGAAGAUUUGACCAACCAGCAAUCUUACUUCUAUUCUAGUCCCGAGAGAUGGGCUUAUAGCACGAAUGGGGUUUUCUUGGGCAACGAUGAUGCUCCAUUUGUUUCAAGAUCAGAAAAUGUGACAGGUGGAGAUGUAUAUAGAACAGCUCGCUUUUCUCCCAMUUCACUCCGGUACUAUGGACUGUGUUUGCGGCAGGGAAGUUAUAAAGUGAGGCUCCACUUUGCUGAAAUUAGUUAUUCUGAUGACAUGACAUUUAGCAGUCUGGGAAGACGCUAUUUUGAUAUAUCUGUCCAAGGGGUUCUGASGAGAAAGGACUUCAACAUCAUGGAAGAAGCUAAUGGUGUUGGCAGGGGCAUCUCCAUARACGUCARURAUGUUAUGGUUAAUGGUAGCACCCUAGAGAUUCACUUGUACUGGGCAGGGAAAGGGACUACUGCAAUUCCAGAUCGGGGUGUAUAUGGACCUCUUAUAUCCGGUAUCACAAUAACACCAAACUUUGACGUCAGUACAGGAGGAGGACUCGCUACUGGAGCUAUAGCUGGAAUUGUGAUUGGUUGCUGCGCAACUAUCGCGCUAAUUUUAUUGGUUCUUUGGAAGAAAGGUUAUCUAGGAGACAAAGAAGAUAAAGCUGGUAAAACAGAAAAUAUUAGAAGCAAAACAGCAAAGAAUGAAGUUUAUAGCACUACUUUCAGACAAUCAUCAGCAGCAGAUAAUAGGCAUUAA